CACGUAAAGUUCACUAAGGUGAGAGUUAACAGAUGUCUAUUGUGGAACCACCUGUGUUCAGUGAGUCAACUGAGAGGACCUUGAGCAAGCUGCUCCUCUUCUCUAGGCUUCCAUUUUUUCAUUGAUGUUUUGAUGGAUUCUACAGAGUCAUCAAUAUCAUAGCUGUGGGAGUGAUCUUUUGUGGUGGUUUCUAUUUCAUUUUGUUUUCCCAGCUGCAGCUUAUAACUAACUCCCAUCAUUCCUUGUUAGUUCAGUUUCUAGUACAUUUUUGCCGUGUCCCAAUUUUGAAGAUAUAUUCACCAAAUCUGCUGUGAUGCCUCUGUUCUUCUAAUGGAAAUUACAACCAGUCAAUGGCUAAUGAAAACUACACAAGGGUCACUGAGUUCAUUUUCACAGGUUUGAAUUACAACCCUCAUUUGCAGGUCUUUCUCUUCCUGCUCUUUCUGAGUUUCUACAUUGCCAACCUAACAGGAAACUUGGGGAUGAUUAUUCUGAUACGUAUCAGUUCCCGCCUUCACACACCUAUGUACUUUUUCCUCAGCCACUUGUCCUUUGUGGACAUGUGCUUCUCCUCAGUUGUGAGCCCCAAGAUGCUCACCGACUUCUUUCUGCAGAGGAAAGUCAUCUCUUUCUUGGGCUGUGCUUUGCAGCAGUGGUUCUUUGGGUUCUUUGUGGCAGCAGAGUGUCUUCUCUUGUCGUCCAUGGCCUAUGACCGCUAUGUAGCCAUCUGCAACCCACUACUGUACUCAGUUGCCAUGUCCCAGAGGCUCUGUAUCCAGCUGGUGGCUGGUCCCUAUGUCCUUGGCUUCAUGAGCACCAUGACGCAUACAACAAACACAUUUCGCCUCCCUUUUUGUGGCCCCAAUGUCAUCAAUCACUUCUUCUGUGAUGUGCCCCCCCUCCUCUUGCUGGUAUGUGCUGACACGGGGAUCAUUAAGUUAGUGAUUUUCAUCAUGGCUGGAGCUGUGGGAGUCUUUAGUGGUCUGAUCAUCAUGGUCUCCUACAUUUACAUCCUCACUGCCAUCCUGAGGAUCCGCUCGGCCGAUGGGAGGCGCAAAGCCUUCUCUACCUGCUCCUCUCACCUGACAGCCGUCUCCAUCCUGUAUGGUACCCUGUUCUUUAUUUACGUACGACCAAGUGCCAGUUUCUCCCUGGAUCUCAAUAAACUGGUGUCUGUGUUUUACACAGCAGUCAUCCCCAUGUUGAACCCACUUAUCUACAGCUUGAGGAACAAGGAGGUCAAAGACGCCCUCCACAGGACUGUCACUAGGAGGAUGACUUGUAGGGCUUAAAUUCUUAUCUGAAUGGAAAUUGGGGGAGAAAUCUCAGUGGAAUGACUGAUUGUGUGAUUCCUAAGGUUACUUGCAAGUAUUUGGAGGCUGGCUGACACCUCUUUAUCCAUUCAUCUAUCCAGUUGUUUGUUCAUUUAGUCAGUUGGUAUAGAGUUAUUAAGCCCUGUAAUGUGAUUUUUCUCUUUAAUAUACCAAUAUUGUAGUUGGAACCCACAACCCAUUUAAUUUUGCUUCCCUUGGACACCUCAUAGUCCAAUUAUUUUCAAAAAAGCUUUAUUUAAUUUCUGUCAUUAAUUUUCUAUCAUUCUGCUAAUAUGUUUUCUCUUCCUGCUGACCCUUUGGUAUUGGAAGUUUAAAAUGCAAUAUUUUAUAUUUUGCACUUCUAUGUUGCCUCCAUCAAUAGGAAUUUGUAAAAAAGUGGGAAUGUCAUGUUAAGCCCAUCAAUAGAAAGAAAUCCUUGGCUGUGAACAUUGAUUUUUGGGGUGUCCUUAACACAAAGAACUACACACAUUUUGGGGAAUGAAGAAAGAGCUGUGUUCAGCUCUGACAGUUGAGGUAGUCCACAGUGUCUGUUUAUAGAGAUAAAGAGUCCUGUGCUCAUUUUAAUGCAUUUCAUACCUGAAAGAGCUUGUGGCAGAAUGGGUAAGACUUUUAUUUUCUUAAGAUUCCUUUUUCUGGUAGAUGCUUAGAGAAUCACUUGAACUUCCCUUGGUUGUGCAUAUGAUAGUGCCUACUAAACCCUGUUAAUAAUGAAGUUCAUUACCCAGUCAGUACAGAUUAAUGUUGUGGUUAUGUGUAGGUUCUUCAUAUAGCCAGCUCUACUUGUUGCUAGGAAGGUCAGUAGAUUUGUAGCAUCAUAAGUGGGUACACACAUGCAACUCAACAUGAUGGUUGUGACUCCUGAGCAUGGCGAACACUGGGCAGCCCUGGUCUGAGCUUCUCUUAGAGACCCAGGAAUGCCACCUAAUUCCACAUUAUCUUUGUUGAUCUAUCUUUAUCUCUUAAUGUUGGAAUGAUGACAUGAAAAGGAGAGAGUUUCAUUGAAGAAAUGUAUAAGCUUUCCUAGAUGAUAUUUUAAUAUCAUGGCUAAAUUGUUAUAGAAAUGUCCUCAGAAUUUAAGGAAUUCCUUGGUCCACCUAUUUUCCCAAAAUAAAUUUAGCAAAUUUGAUUAAGAAAUUUCUUUGAAAUUCAUAGCCUGUCUCCUGGUUAGACUGAGAAAUAAAUUUUGUAAACUAUUGAGCACUUUUUUACAUACAAAGUGUUUUUGAGCUAUUUUCUAUUGAUUUUUGUGUAAUGCACAAUCUCUGAAAACAGACAAUUGAUCACUGAGUACUCACACAAUCAUAACAUGCUUUAUAAAUGUUAGGGGCCUUAGAGACCAGUUUAUCCUAACCAGAUGACUGGCUAGUCAUUGAGGCUUGGGGAAAUGCCUUCUAUUAUCUUACACUUUAUAAACCCCAAAAUGUGUCUUGCUAUCAAGUGUAUUUAUGGCAGAUUCAUUUAAACUUCAGAAACGUUAUUUUAGAGUGGGUUUCCUAUAUGGGAUAGAAUUUCUUUCAGAAUAUUUACUGGAAAUGGUAGAAAAGCACAAUUAUAUAACAAAAAGAAGCAAAAGUUAGAGUUGGAAGACCUCAUAUACUCAUAUAUUUAACAAAUAAUUAUGGAAUGUCUUUUGUGUGCCAGACACACAAAAGAUGAGCCUGGUGUUGCAGACAACAGUGAAAAAAAGAGACACGAUUCUGUAUCCACAGAGCUGACAGGAUGGCAGACCUAAAACAUACUUCUGUUUAUUACUCUUUUUGUGUACCAGUGAAGUUCGUAAUGAAAUAAA